CUUCAACCCAGUCCUACCAUUGGCCACAAUCCUCCCUAGCCUCAUAUAAAACACUUUGGUCUCCCGAAAAGUUGUCAUUUAAUCGCUGACGUUAGUUUGUUCGCUUCGUGCUCACCGUUCUUGUUAUCGGAGUGUGUUAGUGACUUUAUUUGUGCUUUUUUCUGGAUUAACUAUUUUCGUGUGGAUUAAAUCAUGAAGGCCGUAGUAGCUUCAGUUUGUCCCGAAACAGCCGUGGCCGCUGGCAAAAUCACCAAGACGAAGCAAAAGGACGUGGAAAAUGAAGAAAUCCAAAUGUACUUGAGCAAGCUGAAGGAUUUGGUGCCGUUCAUGCCCAAAAACCGGAAACUGUCCAAAUUGGAAGUGAUCCAGCACGUAAUUGAUUAUAUUUGUGAUCUACAGUGCGCUCUGGAUCAACCUACUGUUAAUACUUUUGAUGCCCAGACGGUGUUGAGUCAGAAAAAAUCUCAGACGGCAGUCAGUCCCAGACAACCUUUGGGUAUCAGACAAAAUCCUAAUACUAUUUUGAGUCCUUGCGAGGCUGCAGUUUUACAAAGUUUAACGACAGCAGAAGCCUUGACACCCUCAGAUAGGAUCUUGAGCUAAAGGACCCCUUUGUUUUGUUGAAUUAUUUUUCUCAUUCCAAUUAAGUCCCAAGAAAAAGACAGCUUUAUGGAAGAAGAAGAAGAUAUUGAAGGGAUCUGACUGACUAUAUUAUGUUUUAAAUUAUUGUUUUUUAAUUUGGUAAUGAAUGAAUGGUGUGUGAAUUGAUGUUAGAAGAAUUAGAUGAUUUGUACAGUUUAGUUUAAUGGACCUUAUUUUUUUUUGUACACAGUUGAUGGUUUGCAUAUUUAUGUUAAUGAAUUUUCAUAGUCUACUAAGUUUCAUGGGCUGUGAAAGUUGGUAAAUAUACAAAGUGUUUAACUAAUAAUUUCGUACCUGUUACGUUGCAAUUUUUAAUUAUAAUAAUGAAAAUGUACAUAAACAAUUACAUAAAAUUAUAUACAGGCGGGUUAAAAAACAAUAUUACUUCACAAAUAAGUUUAAAAUAAUAUUGCACAUUUUAAUUUUUUUUUUGCGUAACAGAUAUAUUUUUGUGACUUUUUUCUGUGAUUUUUUAGCUUGUAAUAUUUUUUUUUGUAUAAUUAAAUUCAUUAGUGUUGUUUAGAGGCACUAGAAAAAUAAUGUAUAUUAUUUAAAAAAAAUUCAAUUAAUAUUUUUUAUUGGUCUUCCACUGUAAGACAAUAGUGUCUUCGAAAAAAUUGUCUUUGUUUUGUCUCUAGAGAUUUUUUUUGUAAAUAAGAUAAUUAUUUAGUAUUGAGCUUUUUUUGUUAAAUAGAUUUUUAUAUGUAAAAAGAAAUUUUAUGAUUUGGGAAAAAAUAAAGAAGUUUUUUUCAUUUUAAU